AUGAAGUGGCCGAAGAACAUGGGAAGCUUCGACAGCGAGGAUCGUGUCAAAUUACUAAGUAUCAUAGACUCGUUGAGGGAGUUGGGGAUCAGCGAUGACAUCCCGCUACCGCAGCUAGUAGUAGUCGGCGACCAAUCCUCGGGCAAGUCCUCCCUGCUUGAAGGCCUGACAGGGCUUGCCUUCCCAAUAGCCAGCGACCUAUGUACGCGCUUCGCAACGCAAAUAGUCCUGCGCCGCGCGCCCUCCGAGCAAUCCCGCGUGAAAGUCUCCAUCAUUCCGGGCCCCGAGGCCCAGGGUAACGAGGCACAGCGCGCCUACCUCGCCGCCUUCAGGCACACCGCCGACAACAGUGAUUUCGGGGUCGACCAGUUCUCCGCACUCCUCAGCGACGCGGCGGAGCGCAUGGGGUUGCCGAAACCCGGUACUGAGGAUAUCGAUGAUCUGGAGAAGAGGUUCUCGAACCAUGUGCUUAGAGUGGAGUUGUCUGGGCCGGAUCAUCCUCACCUUAGCGUUGUGGAUGUCCCGGGUUUGUUUCAUAAUCCGACCAAGUACCAGACCAGGGAGGAUUCGGAGAUUAUUAGGGAUCUAAUCGAGAGCUAUAUAACUGAUCGGAGAACUAUUAUUAUGGCGGUCAUGGACGGACGAAAUAACCUUGCCAAUCAGGAGGUAUUCAGAAUGGCCCGGGCGGCAGAUCCAACCGGUUCCAGAACCGUGGGAGUGGUAACAAAAUGCGAUGCUCUCCAACCCGGUGAAGAAGGUAGUAUCCUGCGCAUCCUCCAAAACGAAGUUGAGAACUUGAAACAUGGCUGGUUCGCGGUCAAGAACCGUUCAGCAAGGGACCUCAAACACGGCGUAACCAUAGAAGAGCGCCACCUGAAUGAGGAAAAAUUCUUCAAGACUAGCCCUUGGUGCGAACUCGAGCGCAACCGGGUCGGGAUCAAGCCAUUGAAAUCCUUCCUGGGAAAACUCUUGUACGAGCACAUCCGCGAGGAAUUCCCGACCUUGGUGGAGGAAAUCUCAGGGAAGCUUCAGGAGAGCAGGGUCCAGCUGGCCGAGUUUGGGCCAGCGCGGCAGACACCGACCGAACAGCGGGUUUACCUGACAAAGAUUGUGAACCGGUAUGAGGCAGCGGUGGACCGCGCGCUGGCGGGUACCUACGAUCCCGGCUUACCUAGCGACGAUCCGUUGAAACUCCGAAUGCACAUAUUCAACGCCAAUGAGCGAUUCGCCAGAACGCUGAAAAAGGAGGGGUACCUCAUGCCCUUCCGGGCGGUCGACGACAAGCUCGACGAUGAAUUUAAUCACAGCAGGGCCGGGGGCGCGGAGCCGGAGCCGAUAUACACCUGGAUCCGCAACUGGUACCGGGAAGCCCGCGGCGCGUGCCUCCCUGGAACGGUAAACCCGGAAGCCGUCAAGUCGCUCUUCCGCCAGCAGUGCUCCGCCUGGAACACCAUCUCCGAAUCGCACCUUGCCACCACGGCGAAUAUCGUUAGGAAAUUUAGCACCGCACUGUACGAGUUGAAAAUCGAGGACGAAUCAAUCUUGCCCAGGAUCCUUGCGAAAGUGAACCCCAUGAUCGAAUCCUCUAUUUCGGCAGCUGAGUCGCAGCUCGAGACAAUAUUGGCGGAUGAGUUGACUUCAACUUUGCAAACUAUAAACUCUACCUUCCCAACAACACUCCAGAGUACACGCCUGCAGCGACUAGAAGCACGCCUGCGCAGUCAUGGCCUUAUCGAUAAUGCUUACCACGCCAAUGUUCGUGCUCUGGCCGAGAACGCGAACCUGAGUAUUGAGGAUCAGGCAGUCUACGAGAUUCACGAUAUCCUCAAAUGCUACUACUCUAUCGCAAUUAAGAGAUUUGCGGAUAAUGUCGUCAACCAGGUUGUUGAGAGGUAUCUGCUUGGUCGGGAGGGGUCUGUUAAGUGCUUCUGUAGUGAGCAGGUUAGCGCGCUUGGAGAGGGGGAAUUGGCGGCACUCGUGGCGGAUGAUUACGAGACCAGUGUGCGCAGGACGGAUGUCAAUUAUAGGAUUCAGAGGUUGGAGAAGGCGUUGGAGAUUGCGAGGAAGGCCAAUAUGUAG